AUGACAGAGGAAAUAAUACACAUAGUGCUACGUGAAACAAAUCGUAAAGGCAGGGAGGUUACAGCUGCAUGGAAUUUGGCGAAUCCCACGAAGAAAAAGGAGUGGAAGCCAGUGACAGUGAAAGAGUUUGACGCCUUUGUAGCUAUUCUUUUGUAUGCUGGACUAACAGGAUCAAACCAUGAACCAGAUAACUUUUUUACCACUCUUAACUUGGCGCGUAUUUUGUUGAGGAGGAAAACCGCAUAUGGUGGUACAGUGCGCUACAACAAAACAUUCAUUCCACAGGAGUUCAAGAAGAACCCGAAGCGCACCAUCAAUAGUACAUUAUUUGGGUUCAACGAAGGGGAUAUAUCGUUAUGCUCAUACGUGCCGAAAAAAAAUAAAGUGGUGACCGUGCUCUCCACAAUGCACUACACCUGCCUCGUUGACGAGCAAAGCGAGAAGCGGAAGCCCUAUGCCAUUUUAGAUUACAACGCCAACAAAUGCGGCGUUGAUACCAUAGAUCAAAUGCUAGGCACUUACAGCUGCAAAAGAGCAACACAACGAUGGCCGUUGGCCAUGUUUUAUAAUAUGCUGGACGUCGCUGCAUUAGCUGCUUUUACGAUUUACAACGAAAUGAAGCCUAUAAAAAGGAGUGACAGACGGCGGUCGUUCUUGUUACUGCUAACGAAACAAUUGGCCACACCAAAUAUCGAAGAAAGUGCCCUGAACAACCAUAUAACCUCCUAUCCAAGGAUACGCAAUGCGAUGGAAGCAUUCGAUGUCAGGGUAUUACCAAGACCGAUGGAAGGCAAUUUAGCGUCGUUUGCGGCUAGUUCAAGUAGACCGUCAUGUAGGCUUUGCCGUUCUGAGUACGGGCGGCAGCGGAAAACGCGGGCAUACUGCUUCCGCUGCGGCAACGCUGUUUGCGGAGAACAUAGCACACUUUUACAUCGCGGCAACACUUGA